AAAAUUACAUUGCCAAAUGAAACCUAACCAUAAAAAGGCAGUGUAAUUAAUUUGUGUACAAAUAAUUUAUAAAUUUUAUAAGUUUGCUAUUAUCUUAGUCAACAAAUUUAUUAUUUAAAUAUUUGUUCUGUUGAAUUGAAGAACAAAACUUACAAAUAAAUAAAUAAAAAUGGCACGCGCACGUGAUGAAGAAUUAGUAAAAGCCUUCAGUGAGUUACAAGAAAAAGUAACAGAUACAGCACAAAAAAUAAAGUUAGCGGAUUUGCAAAUCGAUUCACUCAAAAGAUCUAAGCAACGGUCCGAAUUAACAAUCGCCGAAGUUGCUAAUUUACCAGCAAAUACAAAAACUUACGAGUCCGUUGGCAGAAUGUUUUUACUUGACGACAUCGCCAGCAUUAAAUCGGGACUCCAGACAAGGAUAAAAAACGCCGAUGAAAAAAUAUCAACUCUCGAAAACAAUAAAACAAAAUUGUCACAGAGCUUGCAAGAGAGUAAGGACAGUAUCCGUGAAAUGGUUCAGCAGAAGCAGAAUAAAUAAGCCGUCAAAUGGAGUUAAUUAACUUAAGAUCAAUCCAUCGAGUCAUCAUUUCAUCUCUCCAUCAAUAGAAGAAUUUUUUGAAUAUAAAUGAUCCUGAAGUUAACAGACAAUCAGCAAUUUUUUGAUUUUUUUUUAAAAACAAGUCAAUAAAAAAAAAACUAAAAAUA